AUGCCGACGGGGAUCGAAACCCGCGACUCGGCGGCCGCCGAGUCGGUCAACGGCGGCAUCGCCGCACCCUACGGCCGGGCCUGCACCAACUGCUCCCGCGCAAAGUGCAAAUGCAUCCUCCGCCCCGUCGGUGGGGCCUGCGAGCGGUGUCACCGGCUCGGCAAGUCGUGCCAGCCGAGUAACCCCAUCCGGAAGCGCUCCAAGAAGCCGCCGUCUAGCCGGACCGCGCAGCUGGAGGAGAAGCUUGAUGGGCUUGUCACGCUGCUGAGGCAGUCGGGUAGGCCGAACUUGUCGUCUGAUUUGGGGGUUGAUGUUCAUCUUUCUGGGGGGUCUAUUUCCUCCUCGUCUUCGACGGCUGCUGCUGCGGCGGCGGCGAGAAGGCAGUCUUCUGAGAUGGGAGAUAUGCACGGCGCCGGCGGCGGUGGUGGUGGUGGUGGGGGAUUCGACUCAACGCAGCAUUUUGGCAAGAGUGAUCGCAGGGACCGAGGGGCUUCGCUGCCGACGCCGACGCAGACUGCUAGCCCAGAGGAACCCGGGUACGGCGACGAGCUGCCCUCCCCAGACGAGGCGGAGGCGCUGUUUGAGGCGUUC